UUUAAAUGCAGCUGAGCUCGAUGCGGAAGUACCGACGUGAGCUCGGCUGACGUGCCCCCGCACCGUCAACUUUGUUUUCAUGUCCCUCGAUCGUCUCGUCCGCGGCUCCCCGUUUCAAUCAUCCACCGAAAAAGAGCCAAGGCCCCACGGCAGCAAUUCGACUCGCACCAGCCAAGCAUGGCCGAGACUCCCGAGGCCGAUGUGGACGAGCCGCCUCGUUGUCAUUUAGCUCCGCUCAUUACAGUUUCUGAUCUGCCCGGUGCCACCGCAGCAGGUCGCAACCUGAAAGAAUGGCUGGAAGAGCAGUUCUGUGACAAGCCUCUGGAGCAGGAUGACAUGCGGCUGCACAACGCCGCCUACGUGGGGGAUCUGGACACCCUCAGGAACCUGCUACAGGAAGAAACCUUUCGCCAGCGUAUCAAUGAGAAAUCGGUGUGGUGUUGUGGCUGUCUGCCCUGCACGCCUCUGCGCAUCGCGGCCACGGCAGGCCACGCUGCCUGCGUGGCUUACCUGAUCGCUCGAGGGGCCGAGGUGGACCUGGUGGACGUUAAGGGCCAGACGGCGCUGUACGUGGCCGUGGUCAACGGCCACCGCGACUGCGUGCGCAUCCUCCUGGAGGCCGGGGCCAACCCCAACGGAAGCCGCCACCACCGCAGUACGCCGCUUUACCACGCCGCUCGGGUCGGGCGGCUUGAUGUGCUGGAGGAACUCAUCAGGUUUAACGCCGACGUGGACAUGGACCACCUGCUGGGUCCCCGUCUCCUGCUAAGUGCCCGCACCCUGAACACCUUGGUGGUGUGCCCGCUGUACAUCAGCGCCGCCUACCACCACCUCCACUGCUUCCGGGCCCUGCUGGAGGCCGGGGCGCAGCCCGACUUCAACUACACGGGCCCCGUUUGCCACGACGCGCUGAACCGGGGCCUGGCCUCCUGCCUGCUGGACGCCGUUCUGCGGCACGGCUGCGAGGCGGCCUUCGUGCAACUGCUGCUGGACCACGGGGCCCGGCCGGCGCACGUGGCUUGGGACGAGUCGGAGGCCGACGCUUCCUACCGCAGGAAGGUGGAUCCCGAAGCCCUCGGGACCUUCCUGGAAGCCAGGAGCUACCCUCGCAGGUUGACCCACGUGUGCCGCGUCGCCAUCCGCAGAGUCAUGGGCAAGAAGCGUCUGCGUCAUAUACCGUCACUGCCGCUUCCGGAAGCCAUCAAGAAUUUCCUGCUUCACCGAAACUGACAACCGGGGCUUCUUGGCUGUCUUUAACCGUGACUUUUCUCACUCUGGCGAACACUAUUUAUUUCUAGUUGAAUGCAUUUUAUUACUGUAUUGACUGUCGGUAAAAUUCGUGGUUAUGAAUGUAUGUAUGUGCAGUAUGUAGUCACGCUAUACAAUUGAGCUAAGCAAUCAAAAGCAGUGCAAUCAUCAAAUUAAGUGUGGACCUGGAAGAAAAGUGGCUAUGGGGAAGCUCAGUUUUAUAUAUACAUUACUUUGAAAUGUUAUCGCAUGCUCAUGUAGCCAUGAAUGUUUUUUUUUUGUUUUUGAAAAGCACAUUUAAUACUAUGCUAAGGUCAAUGGUUAUGAAAGGUGCAGCAUAUCACUUUUUAGUGUGUUUACUGAAUGUGUGCUGCUCCGACUCUUCUUUUGUAUGUUGUCUUGUCUGUCUUAUUUAUAUUCAGUAAAACCCAUCUUAAUGCUA